UAAUUACAUUAAUGUUUCUUCAAGUGAGAUAUUUUUGGUCAUUUUUUUGACAAGUUUGGUAACGUACGUACACAAAGGUUGGAAAAAUGAUCUAUCCUUAACCUAGAAUAUAACGUUAAAGUUUGUCAAGUAAUAUUUUUAUAAAGAAUUAAGUAGUUAAAAUGUUUCCUUUACUUGUUGAUAUGACGGAAGACGAGUCGUGGAAGGUUUUAAGAUUUUUAGAACUUGAAGCCUAUUCUAGCCUUGUGACUGCACUAAGAGCACAAGGAUCCCUCGAUUCUAGUAAAAUGAAGUUUAUGAAAGAGGCUGGUAAUAUUUUACACAUAUCUGAAGAAAGAUUUAAGUCAGAACUUAAAAGGGUUGUUUUGGAUGAAAGGUUAAAUACUGUAGCAUAUUACGUCUCUGGAAGUGCAACUACUUGGGAAGAUUGGAUUCAAGAAGGGCGUAGUGUUAUUCCACCCUUGUCAAGAGCAGUACCUCAGACAGCUUAUUCAGCAAUUGCAAAUCAAGUGGCUGAUGAGGCUAGCAAAAAUAAUGAACUUUUACCUCUACCUGCUUACACUGAACGGAAAAGGGGUUCAUCUUUUUCUCAAUCCACAAAUGCUAUACUUGAAAGCAGUAAAAGUGUUCAGUUUCGUGUGCCAGAUACCGUAAAGACUGAAGAGAGUAAAAAACGUAAAAAUUCUUAUGGUAUUGAAAACUCUUCAAUUGGCCACUUCAUGAAUGCUCCUAAAAUGAGCAAAAUUCAACAAAUUUACAGACAGAGAACAAAAGCAAAGAUGAAAGAGCAACAACAAUUGAAACUUCGUCAGCAAGAGCAAGAACAGAAGAGUUACCAGCGAACUCAGCAGACAAUUCACCAAAAGUAUAAUCCGGCUUUCAACCAGCAGAAAUUACCAUUAUCUCCUCAGCCCCCCUCUAGUGUCAGUCCAAAAAUAAACAUUUUACAAAACAUAAGUUUAUCGAGUCCAAAAUCCGAAGAAACGAUCGAAAUGAUAAAGAACGAAGUCGACAGUUACAUGGCGCAAAAGGCUUUGGCAGCCGAGCAAAACAACGUGGCCUCCCAACAACCUGGUUGUUCCAAUGAAAACGAAGCACCUAAAAACGUCAAUAAUAUGAAAUCAACAUCGCAAAAUUACAAAUACAUUUCUUCGCCCACCUCAGUUAAUGACGCGGGUACUAAAACUGUAAAAGUGUGUCCUAUUCGUAAGACCACAGCAAAAACACCUACCGGCCAAAAACUUAUCAUUGUUUCGAACCCUCAGACUAUUACCACCCCAAGCAUACUACAACGCACUCUUACAAUACCUUUUGUUAAGAAUAUUUCGAUGAAGAACUUCGACAAAUUCAAAAUUGUAUCCACAAAUGCCACUCCUGUUACAUUGAAUCUCACAGCUGUGACGAAUACUGUCGCUAACACGAGUAAUACUAGCACAAUACCCAAGCAUAAAAUAUUGUCCGUCAAGACGAACACAGGGGGCAAAAAGAUAAUCUCACUGUCUCAUUUACAAGCCCUUACGGCAAAAGGUGGCAUCCGUAUGCUACCCCUGGGCACUAAAAUAAUUACUACCAAAGGUCCUAUCAUUAAUUCCACGUCAGCUCCCGUUUAUAUCAUGAACAGCAUGGGUAAUGCGCAAACAGUGACCAAGAGUAGCCUUACAACUCCUCUCAUGGUUCCGUCAAAAUUGCAAACAAACAGUCUUGUAGUGAACAAUAACGUAAGCGUUAAUUCGGACUUUCAUCAAAGCAACACUAAUUCGGAAGAAGAAGUUCCCAAUAAAUCUAUCGUUUUGGAGACUUCGAUGGAAUCGGAAAGCCUUCCGGAUGAUAUUGAAAGUCAUAUAACACAAUUGACUGAAAUACCUCAAACAACUGUCGACCAUAGAACGGUCGAAGAGGAACACUGCAACAUUAAAUUAGGAACUAGCGAAUUACACGACGAUAACGGGAUGGUACAUGAACAGUACGUGGUCGAUCAAAAUGAAGAGCUACAGAACGAAAUCAUUCAUGAAAAUCAUUUCCUAGAAGAGCAUGAGAUCGACGGGAGUGAAAUUAUAGAAGAAGAAGGAGAAGAAAUUAUUCAAGAAGAUGGGGAAAUCAUUGAAGACGAAACUGUAGUUGUUCAAGAUAAAUACAUCAUUGAUGACACUAUAAUUGCCGAAGAUUCUGAAGAUAGUUACAUUAUUAUAGAUAAAACUGCGGAUAUUGAACCUUAUGAAGAAGAAAGAAACUCUUCAAUGCACCUUAUCAAUUUUGAAGACAACAGUCAGAAAUCCAGUAUGGAAUUCGGCGAGUUAGAGAUAGCGACUGAAAAUAAUUGCGCCAAAAUUCAAACAAAUAUACGUUGAGACUUUUCAAGUCCCCAAAAAAGGAGACACCACAUAGGAUAAAAACAUUCGUACAAGACACAGAUUUGAUUGAUAAAAGGUAAGAGAUAGGUUGUUGUACCGUUGGUUGUUCUCUUACAUUUAUGUUUCUUUUUUUAACUACUCACCCUUGAAUAAUCUUACAUUACAAAAUUUAUAUAAAAUUUGAAAAACUUCCUUUUGUAAAGUGUUCUAUUAUUUCUUUUCUUUUUUCCGGUUUAUGUAAAUAUUCUUCUGAUAAUGACGACAGUUCGAUUAUUUAUAACAUGAAAAACAGCCAAUUGGUUUUAUUUCUUUAGAAAAUGUACAUUAUCCUUAAAUGUUUAAAAUGGUUCAUCGGUUAUUUAUUUUAGAGUAAUUUAUAUUUAUAGUAAACUUGUAAAGCUGUACAUGCUUCUCAUUUUGCUAAAGACGAAAAUGUAAAUAAAUACGUUUUUUAAAAAAAUAAUAAAUCCUCAACUC